UUUAAUUUAGGUAAAUUACCGUCAGGUACACCACAUUUUAAUUGAUGUAACGAGAGAUGUAAACGGUCUCUGAUAUACACAUCAUUUUUUGAUAUGAAAUUAAACUCGUGAUGUUACCUACAUAACAUCAUAAAGUUGAGGGAUGUUGUCAUGCAUAAUAUAUACUCCGUGUAGUUAAGUAUACAUUUGUUUAGUUUGUAUAGUUAGCCAUGAUCAAUACUUCAUGUAGUCAGUAAUUAUUUUUCCUUUCUUUUAUAUAGGUUUAACCUCAAGAAAUCUUUUAGCAGAAUCACUAUGCACGCCAACACCAUUUGGUGGUUGGUGAUGCAAAGAAUUUGGACUUGGACAUAUAAUUCGUGCCUUGAGAACGAAAAGGAAUGUGAAGAAUUUUGUGCUGGGAACGGAAAACCCUAAGUGCCAUAUUAUUGCACGGAAACUCUUUCAGUUUCUAAAAGAAAACAAAUAUUAUUAUAAUUAUGUAAAUAUGUUUUCAAAUAAUAAAACCAAUUAAUAAUGCAAGUAUGAAUUGGAAAUUUUACAUGUAUCUCAAAAUCUAUACUAUAUUAAAAAGGAUAUAUGAGCUCCAUUGAGCCUGUCCACGUCAGACAAUAAAAUCAGCCAAUAGAAAAACAGUUCUCCGCCACGUCAGUUGCUCACUUCUGUCAUUUGGGCUUCGCGUUUCACCGGCCCGUUAAUGUUCGACGAAGACAGGUCCGAAGGACUCAACAGCUUCCGAGAAAUCAACCGGUACUACUACAAACCAGACUCCAGCCGAUGUAGACGCGAUACUGAUCUAGUGCGGAAGACUAAGCCAGAGCAACUCCGCCGCGGCGGCGAAAACCAAGAGUUAUUCUGUAUCCAAGAGGAGCUUCGACUUCGACAAGAACGGCGACACAGACAAAGCCGAUGCGGAAGACGGAGGAGAGGAAGAAGAAGCCGAGCGGCGGAUUCAUCAGCAGCAGCGCGGCGGCGGAGAGUCCCGUCGGACUCUGAGCAGUGUCGGGAGCAGAAGAGACGGACUCCUAGCAGGGAGAGGGAGGACUCGAAGAGCUACCGAUCGGGGAGUAGGGAGAGAGGAAGCGGUAGCAGACGAGGAAGCAGAUCUCCGGAGAGAAGAUCGGAGACGACGAACCCUAAUAACGGCAUUGGCAGUUCUGUAAAUUCGAGUAACAACAACAAUAUACCUGCCAAGUUCGUUUCGGUUCCUGCAACGGAUAAAGAGAAGAGAAGCAGCAACAGCAACGCAGAUGCGUCUAUUAAAAGGGUUGUUGUCAAGAGAAACGUGGCGUCUCCAAGGUCUCAGUCGCCUGCAAGAGCGGCGUCUCCUAGAGCUCAGUCUCCGGCCAGAGUUAUCAACCACUCCUAAAGGUUAAAGCUUUAAUUCUUUUCCAGAAUUUUCGAUCCUGAUGGUAAAUUGAUUUCUCUUAUAUCAACCGUCUUAACUGAUUCGAGAUUCCAUUUUUACAGAAAUCUGCAAAAGUGUCGCCUACACUUGUUCGAACCUGAAGGUGUGGUCCAUAAAAGAGAUUUAGAUAAGUUUUGCAAAGCUCUCAUCUUUUUUAAUUGAGCAGUGAAUCUGGCAUUGUUGUAAUCUUCUUACUCUGAUUCUAUUGAAAACCAUUUCUUAUACAGAUGUUCUUCGCACCAACACGAGAGAAUUGGUAUGACAGCUACACGAGUUUAUGUAUUCUUAUCUCUUGAAAGUUUACUUCAACAAGCAUAUUUGAUCUUAAUGAUACAAUAGAUAAAUGGUGUAGCAAAUAAAAGUCUUAUAGCAGUUGGCGAGACAAAUCUUAUCUUGAAAAAGACUAUUCACCAUGUUUCUAUAAUGCUGAAGAGGGUACCCCUUAAGCCGAGAAAAAAACUAUAAUCUCUUGAUUCCCACGUUAAUGUAUGUUUAAUAAUCUCCAGAUCUCUGUCAAGCAUAUAUUUGUGCUCAAUAUCUUGAAUGUGUUUUAACUUACUAACAAAAUAUGUAAACUGGCUUACUUUGUGAUAAUUAAUUUUUUAGGGACAGAUGAACUGGUCAAUGGAACAUAGCCAGCUUGAGCCUAAGACUGAGCUUUGAUAGAGGAACGAAAGGUACUGAUACACAAUUCUUCUCAUUUUGACGCAAUUGUUUGAUUUGUCAAGGGUGUUUGAGCAUUUGAGAUCUUGAACAUAGAUUUAUCCUUCAUGAAUAACUUUUACCUCCCACUUAUUUAUUUGCUUGCCACCGACUGAUUCUAUUGUUAUGUGAACGUGUAGUUUCCUACACUUCUGCAACAUUUGGAGAUUAUAUUGCUUCUCCACUACUACUAAAUAUACAUGGUUACAAAAAGCUUUUCCUGCAAACUAGAGUAAUGUACUCAAUUUUGAUUCAUCUCAAUGGUCAAUGUAUCUCUGAAGGUGGUUCAAAGAAGUCUGCUGAAAAUGGGUUUAUGACAGGAGGUGGCUGUAAUAGCUCGAGCAGCAGAGUAGGAAGACAAACCUGGUAAUUUAUUUUUCUUUGAAAUCGCAUGUGUAUGCACAUUAAUCUUUUCUUAAUGUACACAUUAUUGAGUAUUGAAUAAAUUUGGAGGGGAUAAUGUCACCAGAACUUGAUGUCAAAUUUGAUUAUCAUUAUUUGCCUGAUUCAAGGUCCAAGCUGUGGAGUAGAAGUUGUAAUGCGGCUCUGGAGAAAAAUCAGUGUUGGGUAGAUAAGGAAUGUCUUAAACACCUGAAAAGAAGUAAGUCACAAGAUUCAUACACCACAGAAGAAGUAAGACACAAGAGUUGGAAGUGGUGACGACAAUGUAAGAAUGAAACUAAAAGAAUAUUUGUAAUGGGAAGAAUUAAAAAGUUUCUACGGUUUGUGUGUUCCUGAGGAUUCGGUUUGGUGUGUUUUGUUUUCAUUGCCAAAAUGGUGCGCUUAGUAAAAUAAAAAUAUAGAAAUGGAACGUUAAUUUCAAAUUAAAAUUAGUUAUUCAAAGCUUAGCUGAAGUAGCAGUACGUUAUGUAUAUAAAAAAUAAAUUUCUAAUGGGUUCUUAAAAGAUAGUUGUAUACAAUACGAUUUACAUUACAUAUACGACUGAAUAUAAUUCCAAGUGCUGAUUAUAUUCACUAAGUUCAAUGUUAAAAAACUUCAUAAAGCCACUUAGAAAUAUACAUAUUCAAAACCAAUUUUUAAGGAUUAAGUGUAUGUAUUUUCGUGAGCCCUCAUAUAAUAUUUAAACUGAAAUUAUUCAUAUAUACAAUAAAAAUUACUUUCUCCACUUUCUAAUUAUAUUUUUCUGAAUCUCAAGUUAUGUAAUGGCUUCUACUACAAGAAGUUUUGCUCCCUUUUUGUUUGUUUUAUUGUACCCUAUUUUUUUAUAAUACAAGAGUGAGAAGAACUUUAUUUUUUUUUGAGGUCCUGAUGAAUCAAAGAUGUGAAGAACUACAUAUAAUUUAUAUAAAGGAUAACUAUUAGUAACUA